UAUUGUUGCUUAAAGUUAGUUUCUGUAUGCUACAAUAAUGUAAACCAGCCCUCGCGAUACCCUAGGUCGCUGGCUAGAAAGGAAAUGAAUGAAAAUUCAUCAUGGACUCUUCGGACUUGUGUGUUUAACGAUGAAGUGGGAGCUUUGGUGUUCGACAUCGGCUCUUAUUCUGUAAGAGCUGGUUAUGCAGGAGAAGACUGUCCCAAGGCGGACUUCCCCACCGUGAUAGGUGUGACCCUUGACCGAGAAGAUGGCAGUACACCCAUGGAGACGGAUGGCGACAAGGGCAAGCAGAGCGGUACCACCUACUAUAUUGACACCAACCAGCUGAGGGUUCCCAGAGAGAACAUGGAGGUCAUGUCUCCGCUCAAGAAUGGCAUGAUUGAAGACUGGGACAGUUUCCAGGCUAUUUUGGAUCACACCUACAAGAUGCACUUCAAAUCCGAGCCCAGUCUGCAUCCGGUGCUCAUGUCAGAAGCAUCGUGGAACACGCGAGCGAAACGAGAGAAACUGACAGAGCUGAUGUUUGAGCAUUACAACAUUCCCGCCUUCUUCCUCUGCAAAUCAGCUGUGCUGUCUGCCUUUGCGAAUGGGCGGUCUACAGGCUUGGUCCUGGACAGCGGUGCCACGCACACCACAGCCAUUCCAGUACAUGAUGGCUAUGUUCUGCAGCAAGGCAUUGUCAAAUCGCCCCUGGCUGGAGACUUCAUGAGCAUGCAGUGCAGGGAGCUGUUCCAAGAGUUAAAUGUUGAAAUAAUCCCUCCUUACAUGAUUGCAUCAAAGGAUGCAGUGCGAGAGGGGGCCCCAGCCAGUUGGAAGAAAAAGGAGAAACUACCUCAAGUCACUCGCUCAUGGCACAACUACAUGUGUAAUUGUGUGAUCCAGGACUUCCAGGCAUCUGUGCUACAGGUGUCAGACUCGCCAUAUGAUGAACAGGUGGCUGCUCAGAUGCCCACAGUGCACUAUGAGCUGCCUAACGGUUACAACUGUGACUUUGGGGCAGAGAGACUGAAGAUCCCAGAGGGGCUGUUUGACCCCUCUAAUGCCAAGGGCCUGUCUGGAAACACCAUGUUGGGAGUUGGCCAUGUGGUGACGACCAGUGUGGGAAUGUGUGACAUUGAUAUCCGACCUGGCUUGUAUGGUAGCGUGGUGGUGACUGGAGGAAAUACGCUCAUUCAGGGUUUCACAGACCGACUGAACAGAGAACUCUCACAAAAAACGCCCCCGAGCAUGAGGCUGAAGCUGAUAGCCAACAACACUACAGUUGAGCGCCGUUUCAGUGCCUGGAUAGGAGGCUCCAUCUUGGCAUCACUUGGAACCUUCCAGCAGAUGUGGAUCUCCAAACAGGAGUACGAAGAGGGGGGAAAGCAGUGUGUGGACAGGAAGUGCCCCUGAUUUAAUACCAAACCCUUGUCCCCAUCACUGUUGUUGCCAGAAGCUCAUCAUAAAUCAUUCAGUUCUCAGCCAGGACUCAAGAACACCUGUAGAAGAUCUUUUGUUUUGUAUGAGUUGUUUUUAAUAUGGAGUUUGGCAAUGUCUGGCUUGGAUUUAUUGUAGAAAUCAGACAAACCUCACUCAACUGUCGCUAUGAUGAGAUGGGGUCUAUGUCCUAAGUCUGUUCCCUUACUUUUAGGCAGUUGGUGUUUUGUGGAAAACUUGCAACAAAGCAAGUUUUUAUUGGCUGGUACUGCUGUUCCUAAAGUCAAGUAUUUGUUUGCACAAUAGAAAAACAACAUGAGAACAUGAAAGUUAUUGUGCAAGGUCUCUACAGAAUAUUGACAAACUGGGUCAUUAUGAUGUGUACUGCGUUUGGAGGGACAAACACAUUUUUGUUCAUAAGCAAUUUUUUGUGUGUAGGAAGCUCAUCACAAGCAAAGACCAAUCAGUCCUUGCCUCUUGUUUACUGGCGUGGGUGUCAGCUCAAAUCUAUUUAAUUUUCACUUUUGCUUGUCAUUACCUACAUACGGUCUUUUUGGUAAAUACUUGGAUUUUGUUAUAAAACUGCAGUAGCCUGCUUUUACACUCAA